UCCUUUUUUUUUAAAUUCUUCAAACCACAUUCUUCUCCCUCCUCAAAUUUAGUCUACACUCCAACCACACUCUCUCUCUCUCUCUUUCCAAUCACCCGUUUCUUAAUCAAUCAUCAAUAUUUUUUUUCUUCUUCUAAAACCAAAGGCAAAGAAACCCCUACAAAAGUUAAAGAAAAAAAAAAUACAAUAAUUACUUGCUACUACCAUUUUGUUCCAACAACAACCAGUGCCUCCAAGAAACCAGAAGAUUCCCAUAAAUAUAGGCUAAAGUUUCAAUAUCCUCAUCUUCUUUUUUGUUUGUUUGAUGAUACCAAUACCCUCAUCAUCACCUUCAUAGCCACCCCUUUUCCUUUAUUUUGCUUCUUAUCUCCAUUUCCACUAUCAACAACCAAAAGGAAAACAAAAAAGAAGAGACUUUUUUUUCAAACCCUAACUCUCGCCUUUUUCAAGAAAAUUUGGAGAUUUCCUUUGAAAACAAGAAAUAGUCAAGGUGGGUAUAGCUCAAAUAUCCAAGAUUUGGAAAGUGUAAUGUCCCAAAUGAUGCACAUUGACAAUAUCCCAUCAACCCCAGGAAAGUUCAAGAUGGAAAAGUCUCCUUACAAUAGGCUAAGGAUGCAUUUUUCUCUAGCAAAGCUCACAUUUUGGUCAUUUGUAUUCUUGGGGUUGAUCUUUGUAUUCUUCUACAGAUCUCCAGCUUCUUCGUCCCCUGUUUCUUCAGAUCUCUCAAGAAGAUCUCUCAGAACCAGCUCCUACGGUGGCCCUGCUUGGGAAAAAAGGAUUAAAGCUUCAGCUAAAGUAAGGUCACGUAAUGGUAUUUCUGUAUUGGUUACUGGUGCUGCUGGCUUUGUAGGAACUCAUGUUUCAGUUGCUCUUAAACGCCGUGGCGAUGGCGUAUUGGGUUUGGAUAAUUUCAAUGAUUAUUAUGACCCUUCCCUCAAAAGAGCACGACAAGCGCUCUUAGAGCGAACAGGGGUGUAUGUUGUUGAGGGUGAUAUCAAUGAUGCCACCCUCUUGAAGAAACUUUUUGAUAUUGUUCCAUUUACUCAUGUAAUGCAUUUAGCUGCACAAGCAGGUGUGCGUUAUGCCAUGGAAAAUCCUGGAUCAUAUGUGCAUAGUAACAUUGCUGGUCUUGUUAAUGUUCUUGAAAUUUGUAAAAGUGUUAAUCCUCAACCUGCUAUUGUGUGGGCAUCAUCUAGUUCUGUAUAUGGAUUGAAUACUAAAGUACCUUUUUCAGAGAAGGAUAGAACAGAUCAGCCUGCUAGUCUUUAUGCUGCAACUAAAAAGGCUGGUGAAGAAAUUGCUCAUACAUAUAAUCAUAUAUAUGGGCUUUCAUUAACUGGAUUGAGAUUUUUCACCGUUUACGGACCAUGGGGUAGGCCAGACAUGGCUUACUUCUUUUUCACAAGGGAUAUCUUGAAGGGAAAAUCGAUUCCUAUAUUCGAGGCUGCUAAUCAUGGCACGGUAGCUAGGGAUUUUACCUACAUUGAUGAUAUAGUGAAAGGAUGCUUGGCAGCAUUGGAUACUGCUGAGAAGAGCACUGGAAGUGGUGGGAAGAAGAAAGGCGCUGCUCAACUGCGGGUGUUCAAUUUAGGCAACACAUCUCCUGUGCCAGUUUCAGAUCUUGUAGGCAUUUUGGAGAGGUUGCUAAAGGUGAAGGCCAAGAGAUUGGUGAUGAAGUUGCCAAGGAAUGGGGAUGUGCCUUUUACUCAUGCCAAUAUAAGUUCAGCCCACAAGGAGCUUGGAUAUAAGCCUACGACGGAUCUACAGACGGGAUUGAAGAAAUUUGUCCGAUGGUACCUCAAUUACUAUGGUAAUGGAAAGAAGAGUGCCCAGUGAUACAUUCUUUGAAUUGUGCGGUAGGAUCAUUCAAUUCUUGUUCAUUUUGAUUCUAUGAUUGUUUUUUUUCAACACAUAUCCGAUCAAAUUGCCCCACUUUCUUGCUUUCUAAAUCUUGAUGAUGCCAUAUAUGGAGCACAUCAGAUCCCUCUGAUGAUGAAGUUUUGUGCUGAGCAAUUUGAUCUGUGUCAAAUGGAACCUGAAAUCAACUUUUAUUACUUUUGGAAUGUAAUUGUUGUAGUUUGUUCAAUUUAGGAUUCAGGACUGAUAGACCACUGCUGAUUGAUGGACAGCGGAUGUAUCAUCUUUAUUAAGUUCUAAUAAGAGUAGCACAUGAUAGUUCCACAUUUGAUUUCUUGCAUAGAUUCAUUUCGUUAGGACAUUUCUGAGAUCAUCCUUUUACAUGAAUGUUGAGGUUGUAUAUUUCUUAUUUUGGCGGUUAAACAAGAUUCCAUACUUUGUGAUUCA